CCAGUGAGAGAGAGGCACAUUGAGAGAGAAAUGAGAGGUUAGAAGUCGCUAGUUCACAAGAUAAUGAGAGACAGUCCACUGAUUCAGAUCUUGGAGGACAGCUGGUGUGAUGGGUGAGGAGGCUGCAGGCUGACACUGAAAGUGAAACAAGUGUGGGAUUUAACAAGAAUAUCAGCAGCUCAAUACCACAACAGGAAAUACUUGGAUACAACUGGUGAAAGACAAGUUUUUGAACAGCAGACCUGCAGGGAGUAACAGAAUGGAUGUUGUUUUCAAGUACAUUUGGAGAUAACAUCUGAAAGGAUGUGGACACCAUCUUGUAUCUAAUACUGGACAAAGAAGUAGAAGAUGAGCUUUAAUAUUUCAUGCUUUACAUUUUAUUGCAGAUUGUUUUUGCAAUAUUUCGAUAUUGGUAAUGUAAUCAUAUCACAUUAUGCAUCUCACCCCUUUUAUUCGUACAGCUUUCUCUCCUAAACUAAUCAUAUGAACUUAAUUAGAUUCAACAUUUCAUUUUUUCACAAAGUGGCGAUCGCCGGGGUCCUCGCAUUGAGUGCAUUAUAAUGGGAGGAUUGAAUGGGAAGUCUUGAAAACAUGCAGCAAGGUUAAAAUUGAUCACAUCUAGAAACUGUUUUCAUCUCCAGAGCAUCUUUUUGUUCAGAUGACACAACUACGGAUACCCAACAUGAGCAAAAAGAAGUAAAUUCCAAACUGGUAGACUUGUUAAAACCUGCCAUGCUGGCAGUCCUGAUGAGGUGUUUGAACCAUGUGGUCCACUGAGAGCAUGGAGCCAGAGAAAGCACAAAGCCAGAGCAGCUUCUCCAGUAAGGUGGAUGUGCCUGACCAUGUUCACUACAUUGUGGCUUUAUUUGUCUUUGUGAUUGGGGCACUGGGCGUCACUGGAAACUCGCUGGUUAUGUUUGCCUUCUCCAGUAACAAGAAGCUUCGUAACUUGCCAAACUACCUCAUCAUGAACCUGGCUGUCAGUGACUUCCUCAUGGCUUUUACACAGUCCCCCAUCUUCUUCAUCAACAGCCUCUACAAGGAAUGGCUGUUUGGAGAGAUAGGAUGUAAGAUGUAUGCAUUCUGUGGUGCCCUGUUUGGCAUUUCCUCCAUGAUAAACCUGCUAGCCAUCGCGAUUGAACGCUAUCUAGUUAUCGCCAAACCCCUGAAGGCCAUACACUGGAGCUCAAAACGAAGAACCACUCUUACCAUUCUCAUGGUCUGGCUUUACUCUUUGGCAUGGAGUCUGGCUCCUCUAGUUGGUUGGAGCUCCUAUAUCCCAGAGGGCCUCAUGACAUCUUGUACAUGGGAUUAUGUUACAUACACGGCAGCCAGUAGGAGUUACACAAUGAUGCUGUGCUGUUUCGUCUUCUUUAUCCCACUGGGGAUCAUCCUUUACUGCUAUCUUCUAAUGUUUCUGUCUAUCAGGAAGACUAGCAGGGAAGUAGAACGUUUGGGGACUCAGGUGAGAAAAUCCACUCUCGUCAAGCAGAAAUCCAUCAGGAGCGAGUGGAAACUGGCAAAAAUCGCCUUCGUUGUGAUUGUGGUUUAUGUCCUCUCCUGGUCUCCAUAUGCCUGUGUCACACUAAUUUCCUGGUCUGGCCAUGCCAACAUCCUGUCACCAUACUCCAAAACUGUCCCUGCAAUCAUAGCAAAAGCUUCCACUAUCUACAAUCCUAUCAUCUAUGCUAUCAUACACAACAAAUACAGGAUGGCUCUGGUAGAGAAAUUUCCCUGCCUGUGGUUUCUGUCUCCUACUCCUCGAAAAGAAUGCAACUCGUCCUCCAUCAGUGAGUCCUCUUUCAGGGACUCCAUCAUCAGUAGACAGUCCUCAGCAUCAAGGACACACUUUAUUACUGCCUCCGCCAAUCUCUCUGAUGUGUUAUUGAGGGAUAUGGAGAUGGAGCCUUUGGGCAGGAGGUCAGGUGAUUCCUUCAAAAGCAUGUCAUCAUACAGUCAGUCUUGUAAGAGGUCCUGUAAGAAACACUUAGACCGGAAGACAACCAAAGCCCACACAGCAGAGAAGCAUCCAUCUACAGUGGGUGACCCAUCAAGCACCUGUGACCAUGAGCUGGUUUCCAGUUCUCUGACCAUCGCUGCUUUCCCUCUCCUAGUCUUUAGCAGGAGGCGCAGCCAGAGUCUGACCAAUGCAAUUUCAGAUGUCUGUGGUGAGAAAGGCAGGAUCUAUGACAGGCUCAACAGCCACAAGAGCGAUUCUUUUGAUUCCCUGAAUUUUGGAAAAACGCCACCCACAGACCCCAGGUCACCCCAGGGUGUUCCUCGCAUCAUCGUCAUCAGUCCCACCACUGAAAGCAGCCUCAUUAAACAAGACAGUGUCUGCUUAGAUGACAGCAUUGAGGCAAUGGAAAAGAAUGUUUUUGUCAGCCUAAACUUUUCAUCAGAAGUCUUUGAGGCAGUGGAACUGCUCUCUUGACCAGCUGAACUCGACUAAUAAUUACACUUAAACUCUUUUCCACUGGAUGCUUCUGGAUUAAAAAAAAACACACCAAACUCUUUGCUAUAGGCCAGCGUUCAUGUUCACUGUAGACAUACAGAAUUAUUUAUCUCUUUCUGCCAAAAUGACUGCAGUGCAAAACAGGUAAAGCUUGUAUGGCAAAUGAAGCAUUAAGCUGGUUCUGGUAUACAGUGUGCAGUGUUCGUCAGAGUUUGGCACUGACACAAGAACCCAAAGGGACAGCAUGCUUUUAUUAGAUCCUUCAAAAAAUGACAAGUGCAACUACAUAUUUUCAUGAGCUUGGGGCUCAAACUUGACAGGCUGAAUUUAAGUUGAUCUGUUCUAGCAAAGGUCCAUCUAGCUUUCAGAGUUUUGAUCUGAAACAGAAUUCAUUUGUUAGGCCACCAUCGUGGAUUCUCUUCUGGGCACUGAGAGAGAAAGAGAUAAUUCCCUCCUGCUUUUUUUCUAAUGCAAUAUGUGUAAAAAUGUUACCCAACAAGGCAGUGAAUCAAGAACACUGAUUAUAUGUCCACCUCAGAAAAGUGGCAUAAAUGAACAAAACAAGUAUUUUUGUUUCUUUCUGCUUCUAUUUUUAUAAAGAAUUUGACAGAACAUCUUGCUCUGUCAUGCUGUAAUACUAAUCCUUUAGGCCAUAUGGACCUCUUGAGCUUUUCCACUGGCAGCGAGGGGUAGUGAGUGAAACGAAUUGAGGUCAUUUCUACUAUUCAAAUACUGAAACUGGGUCAAAUGUGUCUCAUAAAACAAUGGUAUUUUGUCUGUGAGAUAUUUCUUGAAAUGUUUAAAUACAGUAUCCACGUGUGUGCACAUCAUUUGCUGGAGAGAGUGAAAGAUUAAUGUGACAUGAAUCAAGGCAGAUGUGAGACUAUUACAGCUGCAUCAUUUAUAUUUUGCCAUUUGAUGCUUGCACAUCUUUUGGUUUUAUCACUAUAGAGCCAUUUUUAAAAAUAAAGUUGAUGACAUAGUGGAGAAGCACAUAUACUUUAAUCAGUAUAAGAAUAGUACACAUGUAAAGCAAUGCUUUAUCGUUGACAGCUGAUCUAAGCUUGUAUUAGUCAAAUCAACUCCCAUCAGUAGGCAGAAUGCUAAAUAUUGACUAUUUUCCAAAACCAUGAAUUACGUUCAGUGACAACCCUUUAAUACAGUCAAUGCGACAUAUGUCAAAUUUCUUCUAUAUGUGAAUAUGCAUAACAGCUACUGUUUGGGCAGGGGAAAGUUUGUGUUAAUGGCAGAUAAACUAUCACUGAUAUUCAGUGUUCCACAGUCAUAAACAUUUCUGUACAAGAUAUUUUAGUAUCUUCCUGCUCUCUGGAAGAUUAAGUCAGUUUGUGACUCACCGUGAAGCUAAAAGAGCAAAAAAAAAAAAAAAAAAAGGCCAAAGUUGAAAGUCAAGAAUGAGACACUUCUCUUCAGUUUGUCCAUAAAGUCAGUACAGACUGACAUUUCAUUAAAGAGGGCGUACGUGAAGGUAGGAAAGUAAAUUUUAAGUUGCUGAUGCUGAACUUGAAUGUACACUGACCUUUCAACAGUGAUCGGCAACUGAUGCAGCUGAUUUUGUUCUGCAGCUCCCACCUAGACAAGCAGUAAAAAAAAAAAAAAAAAAAAAAAAAAA